UCCUUGGUACAGUCCUGUAAUGAAAAAAUACAUGAAGCAUAUGGCGUGAGGAAAAUUAUCGCCUCUCUACAAACAAACGCAAUUAUAUUUUAUUUAGAGUUACGAAUUAACCGUGUAGAGCGAAAUGGUUGUUUUUACUUGUUUCCAUUGUGGCGAUGUGAUACAGAAGCCUAAAGUGGCGAAACAUUACGAGUUUAAAUGCCGUAAUCCAGUGUUCGUCACAUGCACGGAUUGUUUAAAAGAUUUCCAUGGAAAUGAGUAUGUAGCUCAUACUAAAUGCAUAACCGAAGCCGAACGCUAUGGUGGGAAAAAUUAUGUUCCAAAGGCUAAUACAAAUAAAGGAGAACGCAAACAAGAAGAAUGGCUCAAUGUUGUUAACAAUUUGCAUAAUGGAACAGUAAAUUUGUCUAAUGCUGAGAGGAUGGUUCUUGAUACUUUAUCAAAAUUUCACAAUAUACCAAGAAAAAAAGCUAAAUUUCUUAAUUUUAUAAAAUUCAUGAUAAACAAUCGUACAGUAACUAUGUCAGUUGUCGAAAGUGUUUGGAGUAAAAUGGAAGCUGCAUAUAAACAAAAUCAACAAACUACUAUAAAGCUACAAGAAUCAGAUAAAAUGAACAAGACUAACACAAGUAUGGAUUCCAAUCACUCGUUUAGUAAUAAUCAUCAGCAUAAUAUUGACAAUCAAAACAAUGAAAAUAUAUGCAAGGAACAUGAAUCUACACGACAUCAAAAGGACAAUGAUGAAGAAUGCAUGACAAACGGCACUGUGGAUGAAACUCAAACUAUUAUUAAAAAGAACUCUAAGAAACGACAGCUGACUGAAUCUGUUGAAAUAGAAGAACAACCAGCUACAAAAACUAAGAAAACAUCUAUUCUAGUAGAAACAAAUAUUGAGAAAAAUAAGGAACGUAAAGUAUCAUUUUAUUGGAGACUUGCAAUCUUAGAGAUUGUUCAAAAUAAGGGUGAAAUAUCUUUGAAAAAACUUCAAAAAAAGGUAGUUUCAUUGUAUUUAUUCCACUCUGUAAAGGCUUUGGAUCGUGAUAAGGCUAUUGCAAAAUUUCAUAAAAAAUUGAAAAAAAUACCUGAAAUUGUUGUCUCAGGAAAUAUAGUGAAAUUAGUAAAACCAUGCAAACUUUAUAUAAUGGAGUAGGAAAUAUAUGUGUGUGAAAAAGGAAAAUGUGAUCUCAAUCAUUGGUUGAUAAAUUAUCACUGCACAAAUUCAUUUACAUAACAUUUCUCACACACAUGUGUACUCAUAUCUAUACUUAUUUUUCUUGUUUAAAGCUGUGUGCAAAACAAGUUUAACUCAAUACAAAUAUAGAUGGCUGUUGUAUCGUUUAUUGUAUAAAAGAUGAUUAAUCUAAGCUGUCUAACUAGACGAUCGCGAGUGACAACCUAACUUAAUUCUAAUUUGACUGAAAUCAUAUUGUAUUUCUUUUUCCUAUUAAUCCAUCUGCAUUGUAUAAUCUAUUUCAUUUUUGUUAUUUCAGUCGCUUACGUUGUAUCGCAAGUUACACAGCUUUGGUUUACAUAGUUGUGAGAAACAUUUAUCUCAGAAUCGUGAUUGUUGUACAAAGAUAUGUAAGACUUUUUUAUCACAUCAUAUAUAAAAUGAAUAUACGAUUCUUACUUUAUAUGAAUUAAAAUCUUACAGAAAUUAUUUAAUGAAAAUUAGAUCGAAAUUCAUGUAAAAAUUUAUCUGAGUACAACGCAUGAUUACUCAUAGUUGCUAGAAGACCCUUUGUAAGUACCUUAGGGUCAUUAACUCCAAAGUAAAUAGGUUGUUGGUCAUACAAUUGUGUUACUGUUCCUCCUAAAGCUCUGCAACAAGAAAUUAAAAAAAAAUUAAUAAAUAAACAUUAUAUGUAAUAAUGAAAUCCAGUAGAAGAAUGAUACCUGAGGAUUGCAGUGCCUGCGCAUAUAUCCCAUUUCUUAAUAGCAGUUGUAUGAACAUAUAUUGUUGCAUUAUCAACAGCUACUUCCAAGAACUUAUAACCUAAAAUAAAGUAUUCCUUUUAUAUAUAUAUUCAUAAAUUCUCCAACAAUAUAAAAACAUAUUGAAACUUUUAAGCCCAGAAAUAAAUUUAAAAUGUAAGAAAAACAUAAAACAUCUUGGAAUUCUUGCAAUUAAUAUUAUUCAUAUUAAAUUUUAAUUGAAACAAAAUUUUAUUAUUGAAAUAUAUCUCUUCACCUGCACCAGCAGCAGAUAUAAUUUCAACAUUGUUACCAAAAGCAACUUUAGAUACAUUAUUGACUUUUCCAGCAUGUGAACGAGACACAAUCAGGAUAGGUGGCCUGUUAUCUCUUGCCUAUGGAGGGAAAAAAUUAUACUGAUAAAAUGAGUUUCAAAACAAUUUACCAUUUCAUUUACCUUGGGCAAAUUUUUCAGAUUUUUUGAUACACCAUAAUUGGUCCACGUCCAAAAUAAACUGUAAUUCUGUUUUGUCUCAAAAGGUUUAUAAAUAACACCAAUAAUAGGUUGUCCUUUAACAGCUAUGCACACCAUAGUAGUUACAUAUUGUAAUAAAUUUUCUAAAAUUAUGGAAAAAAUGUAAAUGUCAUCAUUGUGAAAUAAAUACUACAUUAAGUUAAACGUA